AAUGGUGGAGAUGCUGCCAACUGCCGUUCUGCUGGUCUUGGCAGUGUCUGUAGUCGCCAAAGUUAACAGCACGUGUGAUGGCUCCUGUGGACUACCGUUCAGGCAGACCCUACAAGCGACCACACGUGUGGUCGGAGGCCAGGCUGCUGCUCACGGGGCAUGGCCCUGGAUGGUCAGCCUGCAGGUCUUCACCUACCACAAUAGCCGGAGGUACCACGCCUGUGGAGGCACCUUGCUGAAUGCCCAGUGGGUACUCACUGCUGCUCACUGCUUCAGGCUCAAUAAAAAACCAUAUGACUGGAGACUGAUUUUCGGAGCAAGGGAACUCGAGUAUGGCAGCACCGAGCCCGUGAAAGCACCCCUCCAGGAGAGAUUUGUGGAGAAAAUCAUCCCUCAUGAGAGAUACUCCUCCAUCUCAGAGGCCAACGACAUUGCUCUCAUGAAGGUCACCCCUCCCGUGGUCUGUGGGAGCCUUGUUGGACCUGGCUGCCUGCCCCCGUUUAAGGCCGGCCCGCCCAGAGCGUCCCAGUCCUGCUGGGUGACUGGCUGGGGGUUCUUAAGGGAGAACGACCGCAAGAUGUCACCUGUGCUGCAGGAGGCGCGCGUGGACAUCCUCGACCUCAACCUGUGCAACUCGACCCGCUGGUACAGAGGGCGCAUUCGCUCCACCAACGUGUGCGCAGGCUACCCUGAAGGCAACGUCGACACCUGCCAGGGGGACAGUGGUGGGCCGCUCAUGUGCAGAGGCCCGGAGGACGCCUAUGUGGUCGUGGGAAUCACGAGCUGGGGGGUAGGCUGUGCCCGAGCCCAGCGCCCCGGAAUCUACACGUCCACCUGGCCCUAUCUGAGCUGGAUUGCUUCCAAGAUCGGUAUCCAGGCCUUGCAGAUGGCUCAGCCAGCUCAGCAGGGCACCCCUGCCCCUCCCAGUACUGCCACAAACCCCACUCAACUCCCCUCUACUCACCCUCCUUGGUUCUUCCAGCACCUUCCUCAACCACUUCCCAUCAGGCCACCUGCAUCCAGACCCCGACCCCCAGCCCCACCCUCAACCCGACCCCCAGCCCUACCCCCACACCGACCCCCAGCCCCAGCCCCACCCCGACCCCGA